AUGUCCACUCCCUGUUACAUAGUCAUCAUGCAACAUAUGUAUCAGUUGCACAAGCAUUUGAAUUAAAACUCUUCACAAGUGUCAAGUUUUACCUUUAUCGAACAGUUACGCAUUGCAUACAUAUAUUCGCAUACAUUGUAUCAUUUUUAUCAUAGUGAAAUAAUUUGCGACAAACCUUUUUUCAUUCACAUAUUUGGACAAAUAAAACACUACUGAUAUACACAAUCGUACAGAAAAACAUGUACAUGGUGUGUGAUGAAUGUAGUGAGACUGAAAUAGGGAAACACUUUACGUUUAAUGAGAAAAUACUUUAUAACAAAUAAAUGAUAUACAUAUCUAAUGGAGAAUAACAGAUUGCAGGCGUAUGUACAUCAUAUGUACGUGAUUUUUAGUAAAAACUCUCGUGCUUUACAUUAACCGGACAAAACCUUACCCUUUGACCGGAGUUACCUCUUGCAAGUUCGUAUUCUGAAUUGAAUGCGCAUUUACCAAUAAACCUACAAGACCCAUAUCUACAUGAAUUCGCUGAAGGAACAAAGUUGUCUGCAAUUGUUGCGAGAUCUAAUUCAAGAUGAUCCUGAUUUAUGUUGCUCGGAGGAGGAAGAGUUUCUUAUGAGAUUCCUUCGAGCUAAAGAUUUCAAAGUGGACCAGGCAUUUCAGUCACUAAAAAACUAUGUUGAAAUGAGAAAAGGCUUUCCUACCACAUUUUAUCCUAGCGCUGUGAAAAGCACGUUAGAAAGUGGAAUGGUAAAUGUACUCAAACAUCGGGAUUCCGAUGGACGACAAAUAUUCUACUUUCGAACAUAUUUGUGGAACACAAAAUUCCAAAAUGCAGACGACGUAUUUAUAGCAUGCACUUUGAUACUGGAAGAAAUGCUGAACUGUGUGGACACCCAGAAAAAUGGAGUUACAUUCAUCCACGAUUUGAAAGGACUGGGAUUCAGCCAUUGUAUGACUUUGGGACUCCCAGAACUUAAACGGAUAUUUCGCAUAAAGGGUGGAUUUCCAGCAAGAUUUAAAAAAGCGCAUGCCGUCAAUCCGAGCACACCUUUCUUUAUUUUAAACAAAUUAGCUUACGCCUUCAUCCCAACGAAACUACACAAUAGGGUAACUAUUUAUGGGAAAGAUAUGUCCGCCCUGUAUGAGAGUAUACCUAAAGAAUGUCUUCCCAAGUCACUGGGAGGCUUACUACACGAUGAUGACGCCAUAGAUCACGAACUCAUGAAUCGCUUGAUGAGCCGAGACGAAUAUUUCAAGACAACGUCCGCCCUUAUAUGCAACGGAAGCAAAAGAAAUAAAUCUUAAUUACUGACAAUGAUCUUCAAACGUGUAAGUAAAUAGUAUUAUUCAGUGAGCGAUUAAAAGUAAAUUUGUCCGUGCAUAAUACGGGAGGAUUUGGUACGCUCAUAAUUAUCCUUUUAAGUAUUUACAAGAAAUUAAAAAAUAAAACAAUCUUGUACGUCCAAAAUUUAA